AUGUGGCAGAUCGGAAUCCCAUACGAUUUGGUCGAGCAUGUCAUGUGCAAAUCAUUCGGCGGUACCCUUGAUGGAGCAGCUCUGGAACGACUCAUGAAUGUUCCCCCCGGAUCCAUCUCCUGCCUGUCUGACCUAAUCAACGCUUUUUAUCAACAGUUCGCCAGCAGUCGCCAAUUGGAGAAGCAAACCAGUGACCUCUAUCGGUUGGUUCAAGGACCAACCGAGUCGGUACGCGAUUACUUUAACCGCUUUAAUUGUGAAAAAAUUAGUAUAAAAAACUGUGAUGUCAGGACAGCUAUCGAGGCAUUCAAAAGAGGUCUCAUCCCCAACUCGGAAUUGUACCGGGAAAUAACCAAAUACCCCUGUGCAACCUUCGAGGAGGUGCGAUCGAGAGCCACCGCCCAAAUGCGGAUUGAAGACGACGAGGUCAUCCGGACGGCAUCCCAACGAUCAACAGGGGGCAGCGGCGACAGAAGAUCGUACACCCCGAGGAAUAGCAGCUGGCGACACCAGCCGUAUAAUCGGCAAAACCAGGUACAAAAUGUCAAUCAAUAUGAUGAUGCUAACAGUGUUUACAGGAAUGAACGGGUCGUGUAUCCCCCCAUCUCCGAAUAUGGCUUCAACGUCGACAUCGGAGGCGUGGUGAACGCCCUUCAAAAUGUAGGUGGUACCAUCAGAUGGCCUAAGAAGAGCGACAUACCAGACUCCAUGAAGGACAUGAGCAAGUGGUGCGACUUCCACCGCGGCAAUGGCCACACAACCGAGGAGUGCAUUUCCCUCAAAAAGGAGGUAGCAUAUCUAUUGAAAAGAGGACACCUGAAGGAGCUGCUGAGCGACAAAGGGAAGGAGACGUACAACAAGGACAACAACACCCAGCCCAGCCCGGCACCAGGCGGCGACCGACCGGCCCCGCCCAUGUUCGAAAAAUUGGUAAAUGUUAUCUCUGGUGGUUCAGAUAUCUGUGGACUAACUUCUUCUGCAGCUAAAAAAAUCAACAGAGGCGAAUCUGAAGCCGUCAAAGAGGGGCAGACCGAAGAUGAAGUGGCACUCGACAAAUCAUUAGCAGCAAUGACAAUAACCUUCGACGACUCAGAUUCAACCGACGCACAACAGGAACACCACGACGGGCUAGUCAUAUCGCUCCCAAUAGGCAACGCUCUAAUCAAAAGGAUACUGAUCGACAACGGCAGUUCAGCGAACGUACUGUUCUUAGAGGCUCUACAAGAAAUGGGACUUGAAGAAAAGAGUAUAAUCAAAAGGUCGACGGUCUUAGUAGGGUUCAGUGGAAAGUCGCUACGGACAGUAGGGGAGAUAUCGCUGCCUACGUACGCAGAAGGUGUUAAUGUGAUGACCAAGUUCAAAGUCGUCGACUGCCCAUCAGCAUACAACUUCAUCCUAGGACGACCAUGGAUCCACAAAAUGAAAGCAGUGCCAUCAACAUACCACCAAUCAAUCAAGUUUCCAACCAAAUGGGGGGUCAUGGAAAUCAAAGGACAACAAAGGGACGCGAAGAAAUGUUAUGAAACGGCGCUGAAACCAUCAAGGCCGUCCAUCUAG